CGGCGGCGGCGGCGGACGGGACGGAUGGGACGGUCGAUGGCACCGUGAGUGACGUGAAGGCGACGACGCGCGAUGUGAGAGAGCGGGAGAAGGUGCGACGGCGUGGGGAGCGAUUGGCGGCGGACGCGGCGGAGGCGCGGGGGAGAUUGGGUGAGGAAUUGCGCGACGCGAGACGGCGGGCGGCGGAGGCGCGGUGCGCGGGCGCGUCGAAGGCGCUGGCGAACGUCGAUCUGGGGCCGUUUAACCUGCCGAAUCCGGGAGGUGGGGCGGAUUUGAUCGAGGACGCGUCGUUGACGGUAACUCCGGGACGACGGUACGGUUUGAUUGGGCGAAACGGCUCGGGGAAAUCGACGCUUCUGAGACACCUCGCGGCGAGACGGGUGGAGGGUAUCGACGCCUCGUACAGCGUGCAUUACGUCACCCAAGAGGUCGAGCUCACGGAAGAAGAGGAGGAGAUGACGCCCGAUGCCGUCGUCUUGAGAGCGGACGUGCAGAGAUUGAUCUUGUUGGAGGAGCAAGCGCGCUUGGAGACGAGCGAGGACGCCUCGGCGCUCACUCGUUUACGAGAAGUGAGCGCGAUGUUGGACUCGAUUUCGGCGUCGAGCGCCCCGGCUCGAGUUGCCGUCUUAUUGAAAAAUCUCGGAUUCACCGACGCGUUGGUCGCUCGUCCGAUGCGAGCUCUUUCGGGUGGUUGGCGCGUGCGGACGGCGCUCGCCGCGGCGCUCUUCGCGCAGCCGGACAUUUUGUUUCUCGACGAACCGACCAACCACUUGUCCAUUGCCGCGGUUAUGUUCUUAAGUAGAGAGCUAUCUACUAAUCCGGUAUGGAACUCAAGAAUCAUCGUCACCGUGAGUCACGACAGGCACUUCUUAGACGAGGUGACGACGGACUCGCUGCACAUAUCUGGCGUGGCGAAACGUCUGACGGCGCAUCGGAUGGCUUACAGCGCGUGGGCGAAAAAACGUCGCGAGCAGCAGCUGGCGAUGGGACGUAAGAUGGAGCUGCGAAGAGAGAAAAUUGCGUCGCUGCAGAGCUUUGCGAAUCACGGCUUCAAAUACGGUGGAUCGUCCUCGGCGAUCGGCGCGAUGAAGAAGCGUUCAAAGGAGGCACAAAAGCUCGAGGAAGAGGCCGAAGAAGAAUCGGAGGCGAUGGCCGAUCUGGAAGAAGACGCCGAACUCGCCUUGAACCUUCAGGCGGGUGGCGAACUUCAGCACAACAUCGUUCGCUUCGACGAGGUCUCGUUUGCUUAUCCAGGCGGCGAGACGCUCUUCGCCGACGUCGAUUUGAGCAUCGACUCGAAAUCUCGCGUCGUCCUGCUCGGGGAGAACGGGCAAGGAAAAACAACAAUGGUCAAAAUUAUCACAGGCGACCUCGAGCCGACCAAGGGCGUGGUGACGCGCGAUCGAGGCGCGCGAGUCUGUUUGGUAAACCAGCAUCACGCCGAGCAGCUCGAUUACGAGAUGACACCGCUCGCAUUCAUGCUCGAUCGUUUUCCCGGCGAUGGAAGUUAUGAUCACCAACAGAAGAUUCGCAGUCAUCUCAGCGGGUGCGGCGUCCCGACCGAAUUGCAAAACGUCCCCGCGCUCGCGCUGAGUGGCGGACAAAAGAGCCGAGUCGCCAUGGCGGCGGUUUCGUAUAAGCAGCCGCACUUGAUCAUUCUCGAUGAACCUACGAAUAACCUCGAUCUCGAGAGCUGUGAGGCGCUGGCGGAGGCGAUUCAAAAGUUCGAGGGAGGUGUCGUAUUGGUGAGCCACGAUCAAUAUUUCGUCGAAAAAGUCGGAAAAGAAGUCAUCGUUAUCGAGCGAGGCGCCGUCAAGCGUCUGGACUCGUUCGCGGCGUACAAGAGGUCGAUCGCGAAGAAACUCGCCGCCGCGACGAAUUAG